AUGGCACUUAAGCGAUACACGAAAUCCAUCGAUUCUACCAUCCCCCUUCCUGCUUUGCUUUAUACUGAUGAACGUCUCUUCUCUUCACAGAAUGGUGUAGGUAUAUACGAUGGACAACAGAAAUCUGCGAGUCAUCAAUCGGGAACCGUUCACGUCUCAUCGCACCGCUUAUUUUUCACAGACACCCGGGACAAUUCCUUCGCUUUGGAUCUUUCAUACGUCGUGCAAACAGUAUAUUAUGCAGGCCUAUUCACCUCGUCAUCCAAAGUAACUCUCCAUCUGGCCUCCAAAACAUUGCCCGGCACGCCUGAACCCGAAGUCUGGGUAUGUCAUGUCUGUGGCAAUCGUAAUCCGCCAGGAACGAGUCCGGCUGCAUCUCGUAUAUGCACUCUGUGUGGCGUGCGACGUGAGUCUCCGUCCACGCCAUCUACUCCUGUUCCUGCAGCGUCAGACGCCGUUGCGUGUCCUGCUUGCACAUUCCGGAAUAACCCUUCCAAGACGACGUGCGAGAUAUGCACGGCUGAGCUACCAGUUCCCUUGGCGCCCGAAAUUUCUUUGAUGAAACUAAGUUUCCGCAAGGGCGGCGAUAAGGCAUUCUAUUCCAAACUCAAGUCGUGCUUAAAGACAAAGGCAUGGGAGGUACGCCUUCUCACUGUUGAUGACCCAUUACCAUCAGGGUCAGGCAUCAGUACGUGGACAUUAUAUUUUGAUAUGGGAGCAGAUGACAGAUUAAAGUUUAUUACAGAUGGCAUUCUUCAGUCAGUGGCAACUUCGAACCAAGGGGUAGAAACAAACAUGAAAGAUGCUCUUCAAGACCUCGAAGCUUUGAUGUUGAAAGCCAAGGACAUGGUUCGACUGGCGGCCGACCUGAACGAACGGCUUACCACAUCGACAGCUGCUAAUCCUGCCUCUGAACCGGAAGAGGCCACCUUCAUCAGAUCAUCACUCUCGCAGCUAGGAUUGCAGAUGGAUAAUGUUCCAGUUACGCUUGAUAUGAUGCAGGACGAACGGGAAUGGAUCAAUCAGCUGGCGAAGGAACUGGCACGGGUGCUACAGACGAUCAUGAAAGACCGGGGCAUUAUUGCAUUAGACGAAGUGUGGGGCGGAUGGAAUCGAGCUCGGGGUGUCGCACUAAUACCCCCGACGACGUUCUUGCAGGUUUUGCCCCAUCUUCCGGUGUAUACCACACCUACCAUUCAGAAACGCCAGCUUCACUCGGGGCUGACCGUCCUUCAUACCCCCCCUUAUUCUCACGCUGCGUUUUCAGCGCGUCUGGUUGGAUUUCUGUCUUUGAAUGGACCUCAGACAGCCGUGGAGAUUGCACAAGAAGAGGAAAUCACGGUCGGUUUGGCUGAGGGAAUGAUUGGUGCAGUCGAAGCAGAUGGGCAGGUCUGUAGAGAUGAUGAAGCGUGUGCUCUUAAUGGAAGUACAGUUGGAAUUGUUAGGUGGUGGCCUUGGACGGAAUUUGAUAGGUAUAAUUAUGACGGGCAGUUGUAA